AUGUGGAACAACAAGUAUGAUUUGGAGUCGGCGCAGACGCCUCUGUACCCGAUGAUGUUGGAGAGCCCCGAGCUCCGUUGGUCUUUCAUCCGCAAGGUCUAUUCCAUCAUCUCCAUCCAGUUGCUCGUCACGAUCGCCGUCGCCGCCACCGUCGUUAAGGUUCAUUCGAUUUCUGUCUUCUUCACCACCACCAACGCCGGCUUAGCGCUCUACAUCCUUCUUAUUUUCACUCCGUUGAUUGUGAUGUGUCCGUUGUAUUACUAUCACCAGAAGCACCCUGUCAACUAUCUAUUACUCGCGAUCUUCACCGUCUCUCUUGCCUUUGCGGUUGGCUUGACCUGCGCCUUUACUAGCGGGAAGGUCAUUCUCGAGGCUGUGAUUUUGACAUCUGUUGUGGUGAUAUCACUUACUCUCUACACUUUCUGGGCUGCCAAGAGAGGCCAUGAC